AUGAAACAACCGACAUUCCACGAGGGAGUGGAUCCAUUAAAGGCAAAGGCUUGGGUCCUUGUCAUAGAAAAGCUAUUUGAAGUAUUUCCAUGCCUCAAAGCACAAAAAGUACGGUUGGCAACAUUUACACUUGAAGACGAAGCAAGGAGAAAAGUGGCCGAAUUUGAGGGGCUUAAACAAGGCAAUCUGACUGUGGCAAAAUACGAGGCAAAGUUUACAAAAUUGACCAAGUUCACACCCCAUAUGGUCGACAUCGACAAUAAAAAGGCAAGAAAAUUUGAGUGUGGUCUCCGCAAUGAUAUUCAAGAAAGAGUGAAUUUAUUAAACUUGCCUACCUAUGUUGAUGUAUUAGAUCAGACUUUAAUGCCCGAAACUAACAUGGCCAAUCGGAGUAAACAACGAACUGACUGGAAAAGUAAGAGACAUGGCUUCUUCUCAAAGAAGGGGUCAUCGAAAAAGCAGAAUACAGGAUCCUCAACCACUUCGAGCUCCUCUAGAGAUGCGGCACCAACAUGA